CUUGCGACCUUGACCACUUUCAAUUGCUGGUACUUUUGCCUGUAGAGUGUUCUAUCUGUUCUGCUCGUAUCCUAGCUCUGCUGUGUCUGAAGGACUUGGUCUGUUAUCAACUUUGCUACAUUGGAAAGCAGGAUGUCUGCACGCCAGACACUCUUCAGACCUUGCAUUGACAUCCACUCUGGUGUCGUCAAACAGAUUGUCGGUGGCACGCUCACAGAGCAGAAGGACAGUCAUGCCUCUGACUCACUCAAAACAAAUUGGGUAUCGACCAGACCUGCUAGCUACUAUGCCAAUCUCUACAAAGAGCACAACUUGGAAGGAGGCCAUGUCAUCAUGCUUGGACCAGGCUGCGAAGAUGCAGCGACGGAAGCACUACAGGCAUGGCCCAAUCGUUUGCAAGUAGGCGGUGGUAUCAACGAUACAAAUGCGGUUAAAUGGCUUUCUGCUGGAGCGAGCAAGAUUAUCGUCACGAGCUGGCUCUUCCCGGAUGCACAAUUCUCAUCACAGCGUCUCGACGCGCUCGUUUCACUUGUUGGGAAAGAAGCACUUGUUGUGGAUCUCUCAUGUCGUCGAAAGAAAGACGGGCAUGGCUGGACUGUUGCUAUGAAUAAGUGGCAGACACUCACGACACUCGAUAUCAAUGAUGCGAACUUGGACAUGCUCGCGGAUCGCUGCAGUGAGUUCUUGAUUCAUGCUGCUGAUGUCGAAGGUCUGCAAGGCGGUAUCGACGAGGAGCUUGUUCAAUAUCUUGGACAUUGGGCCAAGCAGCACAAGGAUCCCAUCAGCAUCACGUACGCGGGUGGUGCACGGUCAGUGGAAGAUUUAGAGCGAGUCUCAGACUUGAGUGGUGGGCUGGUUGAUUUGACCAUCGGUUCUGCUUUGGAUAUCUUUGGUGGCCAGGGCGCGAGUCUCUCUGACUGUGUGGCUUUCAACCGUAGAUGAGCAGCAAUAGAUGUGACUGUUGUGUUGCGUGCACAUGCGAUGACAUCUCCACUUCACUCGAUUACAGCAUACAAACAACCUCGCCUUUCGCAAGUCUUGAGAUACAGAGGGAAUGGCUCCAGCAUGGUACGAGCCUCUUCUCGAUGGCGGCUACAUGCCAAUCCCACUCCUUCGCUAUGGCAUUCGCAGACAACUCCAAGUUCGUCUCAAUGAACUUGCCU